CCUCGCCACCAGCCACGUCCACGUACACGCGCCACGUGGAGCGCCACGAGCGGCACGUGCAGCGGCGGAGCGACAGCCCGGAGAGUGGCGAUUCGCCGCCGCGCCGCGCCGCCUCGCCGCCGCUCUACUCAAAUACGGUGCAGUACCGACCGGAGAGACACGAGCUCUCGCAAACGCUGCUCAGUACGAGACAUGUGAGCUCCACUGAGAGGCGGAGCACGAGUCCACUGCCGCCGAGGGGCCGGGACGAGGUAGACUCGCCGCGGGCUCUGCCAGGCCGGCCGAGGGUGACGCGACGGCUGGUGGAGGAGACGGAGAUCGAUUACGUCCUCCCGAGACGGUCGUCACCGUCGACGGACUCGAGUCCGGACCGACGAGGCACGCCCGGCCGGCUUCCCUCGAGGUCGUAUAACGAUCACCCAGAAAGGGAGACGCCGGAGAGGUUUAUUUCGACCAAAACACAUCGAGUGCCUGGUCGGGAGAGCCCAGAACCGAGAUACACACCAGACAAAUAUACAACGACGAAGACGUACAGAACACGUCCUCGAGACAGUCCAGAGCCUCGGAGUACCUCCGAUACAUACACUUCAACCACGACGAAAACUCAUCGAACGCACCAGUGGGACAGUCCGGACGACCGCUCACCGCCUGAUCGGCACACCACAGUCAAAACAUAUCGGCCAAAGGAGAGGGACAGUCGCGAGCCGACGCCGGACUAUUACACCACGAGUUCUGUGACUCGCGAGUACCACUCGGAAGACCGACACACGCUCGACCGCAGGACGUACCCGGAGACGUUCCCAGAAACCUUCCCUCCCCCGCGGGUACCUCGGUCGGACGAGAGAUCCACCCCAGAACGGAGACCAGACGUGCUGGAGAAGUACACAGCCCCCAAACCAUACCGGCCUGAUGAGCGAGACACUGUGGACCGACGCUCCACGCCGGAGGCCUACACCAGCUCGAUGACUCGGACGUCACGGAGGACUACAGAGGAGCGCACUGGUACCGAGAGACUGACUGUGCCGGGAAAGACGACCCAACGGCGUUCGCCAUCGCCGCGUUCUGAGCCGCUGCGGCGGGUUGACCGGCCAGAACCGGAGGCACCCAUCAAGAAAACUUCCAAAGUUGUGCGAAAUGGGGUCGCUCGACCUGCCGAUGAUCCAAAUGCGCUGCUGGAUGAUCAAAUCCAGAACGUAACAGAGCGCUACUUCGCUCCCGGUGAGGCACUGCCUAGGAGCGACCAGCUCCUGCGGCGUAGCUCGCCUCCUCCCUCGCCCCCUGAUGCCUCUCAGGCGCUGGACGUGCGUCGGCCACCGCCUGGGGGUAACUACGACGACCUCAAACAGCUGUUUGAGCGCUGCCCGAGCGCCGUGCGCCGGGAGUCCACCGAACCCGAGCCGGGUCUGCGGCUCGUGCGCGAGACAAAACGGCUCGAGGACGGCCGAGAGGUGACCCGAGAGGUGGAGGAGUACACGGACGAGAGGCGGCACUCGCACUCGCGCGUCGAGCGCUACAGGAUCUCACAGCCCGGCUACGAGGCCACUAGCUUCCACUCGCUGAAACGGACAAUCGUCAAAGAUCACCAGGUGAUUCGUGCCGCUGAUUACGACGAGAAGAGGAAGGCGAUUGACCAGGUCACCAGCAACACGCUCAACUUCAACCAGAUGAACCUGGACGAAUGGAACGUGCGAGAUCGCUCCAGAAGCCAUUCCUCGUUCGAGUACGACUACGACCCGGCUGCGCACAUCAAGCACAUCAUCAAAUCAGCUCGGCCUGACUUCGACCCAUCAUCAGCCGAGAAGAUCCACGUGCCACGGGCAGACAGGGACAAGAGCGGAACUCUGGACCGCUCUGGGACGCUGGAUCGGUCUGGGACGCUGGACAGAUCCACUCUGGAUAGAUCCACGCUCGACAGAUCCACACUGGAUCGCUCAACCCAUGACCGCUCCACGUAUGACCGUUCUACUAUCGAUCGGUCCACCACUGACCGUUCUACCAUUGACCGUUCUACUAUUGAUCGCUCUACCAAUGAUCGGUCUACAAUCGACCGGUCCACCAUCGAGAGGACGGAGAAGUUUGAGCGCCACUCGGACUCCAUUAGGGGACACUCGGAGUCGCUCCGAGGACUCGAGGAACAGGUGAUGCAGUCGUCGUCGCGUCUUCUGCAGUCAGCUGUCCACUCUGACGUCACCACCACCCACGGUGACGUCACGGUGCGCGGAGCCGGUCUGCGCACAGUGCCCGUGUCGCGGCCCGCCGAGUUCUUUAUUACGGGCCCACCCGGUACUGCUAAACACGACAUCAGGGUCACAAUCAGAGAUCCGUCAGACCGACGCGUACCGUGCACUGUUACAAAGUCUGGAGACGAGUUUGCCGUGAAAUAUCUGCCACAGACGGUGGGUGACCACGAGGUGGACAUUGAGCUGCGCGGUGACCCGGUGCCCGGCUCUCCAUUGGUCAGCAGUGUCUACGACACGUCCCAGAUCAGCGUGGCCACCAUCCCCGACGGCACCGUCGGCAGGCCCGUCCAGUUCGAGAUUGACGGCUCCCGCGCCGGCGCCGGAAACCUGGAGAUCCUGGUGAACGGCGGCCACGUGACCUCUUACGUCAAGGACCUGGGCCAGCAGCGGUUCAUGGCCUCGUUCGUGCCGCACUAUGCCAUGAAACACGUGAUCGAGAUGAAAUUCAACGACGAGGACGUGCCAGGCUCGCCGUGGGAGGUGGACGUGGGCGCGAUGGACGCGUCCGGAGGUCUACAGGUGAUGGGGGAGCACCUCAAACACUUCCCCGCCAACAAGCCGGCCUCGAUUGACAUCGCGGCGCCGGGCAGGAGCAAGGCCGACCUCUCUGUCGAUGUUGUCGGUCCGUCCAAACGGACGGUUCCGUUCACACUGACAGAGAAGGGCAGCGGAAUCUUCAAGUGUCAGUUCAACGCCUCAGAAGUGGGCAGCCAUGUCAUCAAUGUCAACGUUGACGGACAACCGAUACCCGGCAGCCCGUUUGUAUCGAAGGCAUACAACGCGGGACUGAUUCGGGUGUCGGACGUUCCUACCGGAGUGGUAGGCCAGACCUGCCAGUUCAGAGUGGAUGCCAGCCAGGCCGGCGAGGGCCAGCUGGAGAUCUCCAUCAACGAGGGCGAGGUGCCCAACCACGUGCAGGUGCUGGGCGGCGGCCGGUGCCUGGUCACAUUCACACCAGAGAUGCCCAAGACACACACCAUCGACAUCAAGUUCAACGGCGAGCCGGUGCCCGGCUGUCCGUUCGUGUGUCGCGUGCAGGGCAGCUCGCGGGUCACGGUGAACCUGCGGCACCUGGAGCUGCUGCCGGUGCGCCAGCCGGCCAGCUUCCUCAUCCAUAUCGACGGAGGAGGGAACGCCGAGCUGGCGGUGUCGGUGCGAGGCCCGGCGCACUCGACACUGCCCGUCAAGGUGACGGGUAAUGUGCGCAGUGGCUUCACGGCAGAGUUCACCCCGCUGGAGGUGGGCGCCCACACGGUGCUGGUCGAGUAUAACGGCGCGCCCGUCAGCGGUACACCGUUCACCUGCAAGGUGUACGACACGGGACGCGUCACCGUCACCAGCAUGCCCAAGGGCGCCAUCGGCAAGAGCCUCCAGUUCACAGUGGAUGCUAGCGAGGCCGGGGAGGGUAACCUGGAGAUAUCGAUCAGCGCAGGAGGGCGCAACAUCCCCACCCAGGUGCACCCGCAGGGCUCGGCACGAUUCGGCGUCAGUUUCGUGCCGCUCGAGCCCGUCGAUCACAACAUCAGCAUCUCCUUCAACAAGGAGCCCAUCCCCGGCUCUCCGUUCGUAGCACACGUACAGUCCGAUCCGAACCACAUCGUGGUCAAAGGCGCGUCUCUCGCCUCGACUGCCGUUGGCAAGUCGUCCUAUUUCACGCUGAGCAACGUCUCUGGAAACGUCGAAGAGGUCGAGGUCAACGUCGAUGGCCCCAAUGGGCCGCCGGUGCCGACGCAAAUCAAAGACAACGGCGACGGCAGCCUGACGGUGGAAUUCAGUCCGCGGCUGGCCGGCGAGCACCGCAUCCAUGUGGCGUUCGGAGGCACGCCCAUCCCGGGCAGCCCGUUCGCCUGCAAGGUCUAUGACGUCACCGCCAUCAAGGUCAAGGAGGUCACCAAGGGCGUCGUCGGCCGGCCCGUCACGUUCAUCGUGGAGACGAUGAACGCCGGUCCGGGUAACCUCGAGGUGACGGUCAACAACGGUCAGGUGCCGACCUCUGCGCAGUCGCAGGGGCAGCACAAGUACGCCAUCUCCUUCACACCCAAGGAGGCCAAACUCCAUCAGGUCGAACUCAAGUUCAACGGUGAAAAUGUGCCUGGCUCUCCAUUCAGCUGCGCGGUGAUGGACGCCUCCCAGGUGUCCGUCUCCGGUGCCGGAGUCGGAAAGGUGCCCGUCGGACGGCAGACCUGCUUCAACAUCGACACACAGGGCACACAUGAGCUGUCUGACCUAUCAGUGACGAUUCUCUCGCCCCUCCGCCGACCCGUUUCGGCCGAGGUCUGGAGUGUCGAUGACAACAGGGCCAUGGUCGAAUACACGCCCACCGAAGUUGGUGACCACAGCGUUGAGGUGCGACUGGGAGGCAUGCUUAUCCCAGGAGCUCCGUUCGUCGUCAAAGCCUAUGACGUCAACAAGGUCAAGGUCACCGACGUACAAAAUGGCGUCGUCGGGAAGCCGGUCUACUUCUGCAUUGACGCCAGCCAGGCCGGAGCCGGGAAUCUGGAGAUCAUCGUAUCCGUGCACGGUCGAAACGUACCCAACUACGUACAGUCGGAGGGUAACGCCCGGUUCCGGGUCAACUUCAAACCGCAAGAGUCGGCCAACCACAUCCUCAGCGUCCGCUUCAACGGCGAGCCGGUGCCAGGCUCUCCGUUCACCUGCAAGAUCACCGACUCGUCUCAGGUGGUAGUUUCCGGCCAGUCACUAAAGAUGUCGCCGCUGUCGCGUCCAGCCGUGUUCACCGUGGACCCGCGCGGCGUCACCGUCACAGAGUGUGUCGUCACAGUGACGUCACCGUCGGGUCAGUCGGUGCCGGUGCGCGUGCAGCAGGGCGCCAGCGGCCGGUACAGCGCCGAGUUCCAGCCGACGGAGGUGGGGCCGCACACGGUCAGCGUGGUGAUGGACGGAGAGCCGGUGGGUGGCUCACCGUUCACCUGUAACAUCUACGACGUCGGGAGAGUGGUGGUCACCGGUCUGGAAAACACCAAGGUGGGACGUCCCGUCACAUUUACCGUGGACGCAUCCCAUGCCGGAGAGGGCACCCUCGAGCUGGUGGUGACCACUGGCAAAGCUACAGUGAGAGCCGAGGUGGCCGCCCGCAGCCGAGGCCUGUAUGACGUCACAUUCGUGGCCCAGGAGGCCAUCCCGCACUUUGUCAACGUCACCUUCAACGAGGAGGAUGUGCCGGGGAGUCCGUUCAAGUGCGACGUCCGUGAGCUGGACGCCCGCGAGAUGCGCCAUAUUCAGCGGAAGGAGAGUAAGAUGGUGACGGCCCGAGGGGACGGCCUCAAACAGGUGGUCAGCGGCAGCUGGGCCACCUUCGACGUCGACGCCAAGGGCAUGGAGGGCGAGGUCGAGGUCAAAAUCAUCGGUCCACACGGCAGCGAGGUGCCGUCUCGUCUGACCCGUCUCAAGUCGGGUCUGUACCGUGCCGAGUACCGGGCCGCCGAGGUGGGUGGCUACACCGUGUCCGUCUACCACGGCGGUCAGACCAUCAGCAAGCAGCCGUUCGUGGUGGAGGUGGCCGACCCGAACCGGGUGCGGCUGAGGCCCGGCGAGCAGCCCGCCGUCGGCAGGGAGGCCGUCCUCAAAGUGGACGCGUCCCAGGCGGGUCGCGGCACCCUGUCGGUAUCGGUGCGUGCCGCAGGUCAGGAGGUCAAACACUCGAUCCGUGACAUCGGCUCGGGUCAGUACGAGGUCAUCUUCACGCCAAAGGUGGCCAUUCCACACAAGGUCGAUGUCAAGUACAACAGCGUGCCCGUCACCGGCUGUCCGGUCGAGAUGGACGUCCGGAACCCGGCGCAAGGCAAAUCCAUCACGGCCUCGGGCCUGGGUCUGCACCAGUCGCGCGCCAACAAGCCCACCUCGUUUGUACUGGAGACGCUCGGCCACGCCGGCAAGGAGUUUGAUGUGGUGGUCACCUCGCCCACCGGAUCGGCGGUGCCCGUCAAGUGCUACCAGCAGAAGGACGGAAACAUGUUGGUCGAGUUCGUCCCCGGAGUGGCUGGUCCGUACACAGUGGAGGUACUGCACGACAUGAAGGCCAUCCGUGGCUCUCCCUUCACCUGCCAGACCUACGACGCCUCCAAGGUAGUCAUUGACGAGCUCAAGAUCAAACAGUUCAGCAUCAACGAGAAAAUCGCCGUCAAUCUGAGUCGCCAGAACGCCGGUCUUGCCGAGCUCGACGUGACGGUGACGUCGCCUCUGGGGAAGAACCUGCCGAUCGACGUGACGGCCACCAACGAGGACGGCGAGGUGAUCGAAUUCCUGCCGACCGUGCCGGGACGCUACAAACUGGCCAUCACAUACGGCGGCGAGGAGGUGCCAGGCUCUCCACUGACGUUUGUCGUCGAGGAGGAGGGCAUGGCACGUGCCACUGGAGACGGUCUGACGGCUGGACAGCUCGGUCAGCCGGUCACAUUCAAACUGGAUGCAGUCGGACUUAUGGGAGAACCGCAGGUCCAGGUGGACGGCCCGGACAGCGUGGCCAAGACUAGUGUCGAGGAGGAGUCGCCCGGUCGAUACCUGGUCACCUACACGCCGCGAGAAGUCGGCCUGUUUGACGUGCGCGUCCUCUGGAACGGCAGGGAGGUGCCUGGAUCGCCAUUCCACCCCAAGAUCGUCGACCCCAGAAAGGUGCGGGUGAUCGGUGGAUGGGAGAGCCAGCAGGACCGCGAGGGACGACUGGAGCUCUCCGUUGCCGAGGAGAAGAAACUCGUGUUCGAUGUGGCAGAGGCAGGACCCGGGAAGCUGCGUGGCGAGGUGCGCAGCGGCAGUAACGCCACUAUCCCGUGCCGCGUGGACCACCCGUCGGCGUCCCGCUCCAGGGUGUCGUUUGUACCACAGGAGGCCGGAGAGCACCUGCUGUACCUCUACUGGAACGACCUGCCGCUGCCCGGUUCACCCUUCCUCGCGUUCGGGGACACGAUGAGCUCGUCGUCUGACAGUUCGCGGGUGGUUCUGCGCGGCCACGGCCUGGCCAGCGCCCGCUGUGGCGAGGAGGCCGAGUUCACCAUCGACGGGUCGCAGGCCGGACCAGGCUCUCCCGAGGUGACAAUGAGCGGUGUGAAAGCCGACAUUAACGUUCACCUGCACCCGAGCGGUAACAACGUGUAUCGAGCCGCAUACACCCCGUCCGUGGCCGGAGCCUACCUGCUGAACGUCGCCUGGUCCGGCAGGCAGAUCAAGGGCUGUCCUCUGAAGGUGACGGUGGCGGCCGUGGCAGACGCCAGCCGAGUCGUCUGCAAGGGAGACGGUCUGCGGGGCGGCGUGGUCGGUCACGAGAUCAAAUCCUUCAUCGACACGCGCCGCGCCGGUCCCGGCGAGCUGUCCGCUCACUGCGUCGGUCCGCAUAAGACGGCCUUCUCGGAGCUGUACGACCACCAGGACGGCACGUUCAGCCUCAACGUGAAGCCACAGGAGCCGGGACGUCACCAACUCAUCAUCAAAUACGGCGGAGAGCACGUGCCGGGCAGUCCGUUCUCGCUGCGGAUCGCCGGCCCGCCGGACGCCAGUAAAGUGCGAGUGUACGGACCCGGUGUCGAGCCGGGUGUCCUGUCUCUGUACCAGUCGCGGUUCAUGUGUGACACGCGGGGAGCCGGCGCCGGCCAGCUGACCGUCCGCAUCCGGGGACCGAAAGCGGCGUUCCGUGUGGAGAUGCAGCGUGAGUCGCAAAAGGACCGCAUCAUCCUCUGCAAGUACGACCCCACCGAGCCGGGCGACUACAGGAUAGAGGUCAAGUGGUCGGGUGACAACGUGCCCGGCAGCCCCUUCAACGUGGCCAUCUUCGACACACAGGAGGAGCUCAACCGAUACGUGCACUCUGGGUACUCGCCUGGUUCCAACAAGCUCGGCAUGGGCUCCGAGUUCUACGGCUCCAUCUACGGCGGCUACGGCGGCCAGAUGUCGUGGAGAGGCUCCCAGGUCCAGCUCUAACUGCCAGCACCAUCUGCCGAACAAAUACGGUACUUCAACAUCCGCCGCCGGCCAGAAGGUGGCUCGGUGGUCUGUGUCUAGCGCGAGCGGUAAUGCCGAUAGCUAGCCCAUGUCCCGUUUAUCGAAGCGAAUACCGAGGAUAUAUAUUUUGUCGUUCGUGAUGCGGGAGGUGGCGAGCGUGUGUUGUGGAUUUGACUCAGUAUAUUCCAUCCAGCCCAUCGUCUCCUCUCUUCACUGUUAUAUUUACCGGCGAGGCCGCAAGAUUGAGCGCCACAUUAUUGUGCAUGCCAGCGAGUGUGUUGUGUGCGUAACUUAAUAUGCAGCUGUAUGGGAUUGAACAUAUGGGAAAGGAUGGGAGGUCAGCGGACAUGAAGAGUAUGCGAACAUAGAGAGGGGAUGGCAGGGUCGGGCCCGGAGUGGGGGACUGAGGGCGACCCUCGUAAAGUGUGAGCCAAUUCUGACUAAUGUUUGUUGCAAUGUUUCGUGAUGCGGCCGUGCGUGGUCCGGUCCGGUGGUUGUCGGUCCCCCUCGCUCGCCGGGGUGGGGCGCCGGUGUUGACGUGUGCUAAUUAAGGAGAGCAGAGUUGUUCAGCCGGUGACAACUAACUGAAGCUUUGCGCUAAUACGAUCGUGUAACAAAUACAGAACAACUGCUUA